AUGUCUGCCACUCUUGAUGAGGGCGCCCAGCCCGUAACAAUCCCAGACAACCAAAAAGUCGAAAAGAAAUACAAAAGGUCCAAGUCGGAAAAGAAACGCUCGAGAGACGAGGACGACGCCGCCGUUGUGGAAGAAACCCCCCGCAAAUCCAAAAAGACCAAAAACGGAGAUCUCGAGUUGCCCGUGAGGCUAGGGUCGCAAGCUGCGGCCGAUGAACCCUCGAAAAAGAAGAAGAAGAAGAAGGAUCAACUUGGAAAUGGCGAGGCGCAAACUGACGAGGUAGUGGUCGACGGGGAAAAGUCGUCCCGCAAGAAGUCGAGCAAGCCCAAGAAGGAGCCCAAGGAAGAGCCUGAAGAUGCCAUGCAGAUCGACACUCCAGAGAAGUCCAAAUCGGAAAAGAAGCGCAAGGAGAAGAAAUCGAAGAAGGACAACCUAGAAACAGAAGCAAACGUUGACGGGCAGGAAAAGAAGAAGAAAAAGAGCAAGGACAAGACCGGGACCGGGACUGAGACACCGACCCAGGCUUCACACGAGGUUGCCACCGAACUCCCAAGCAGCGACUCUGAAUAUCCAUUCUUCACCCAAACCGUUUCCCUCUACGUGCCCUUCUACCCUAUUGGCUUCGACAAGCCCCUCACCAACGUUGCUGCGCAGCAUCUCGACCCCCUCUUGAAUCACUACUCGCCACUUUUGCGCGGCGUCCUCCUCAGCUACUCUAAUCUCAACCUCUCCGAGCGCCCCGCCAAGGCGAGUAUCACCAACCCACCCACCGACGAGACUCCCGCCUGGCUGCACUCAGUCGACGAGUAUGCCGUAGGCUUCGGCUGGCUCACUUUUGACGCCCAGCUGUUCGUGCCAUCGCGAGGCAAGUGGAUGGAGGGUGUGGUGCAGCUCCAGAGCGAAGGCCACAUUGGCGUGGUGUGCUGGAACAAGUUCAACGCAAGCAUUGAAGCAAAGCGUCUCCCGCAAGGCUGGAAAUGGGUUGACAUCUCCAAGGACGAUCCGUUUGCCAGGUCGAACAGCAGCCAACCAGAGACGGACGAGUAUGGCGAGGAGAAAGAAGGUCAACAGCAAGAGGAGGAGGAUAUCCUAGAUGGGGAGGAGCUGCAGGUGGUUGAGCAGAUGCACACAACAGGUUACUGGGUCAAUGAGAAGGGCCGCAAAGUCGGAGGCAAGCUCCGCUUCCGCAUCAUGAACUUUGACGUCGGCCAGGCGGGAGACUAUGGAUAUCUCAGCAUUGAGGGCACAUGUCUGGAACUGGACGAGGAGCGCGCUUUGGCAAAGGAGGAGCGCGAGUACGAGAAGAGGCGGCGGAACAAGCAAAACCCGAGCGGGCUCCUCAAGCCGCUAUCAAGGCGGGUGCCCGAGUUCAGCAUGACCAAGUUUGGCAAGGAAGACGAGGAGGAAGAUGGCACCAAAAAGACUGUCUUGUACAAGGCCAGUCGCCCAGGAACGCCCGAUGAUUAG